UGUCCAGGGAAAGGCAGAGCGCGUCCAAAGAGCUGGAGCUGGAGCCGGGGCUCGGGGAGGAGCAGGGGGCGCCGGGGAUGACGCUGCUCACCUGCUCUGCGGCUCCCAUGGGGACAAGAAGUCUUUAAGGGAGUUGGGCGCUUGGCUGGAGCGGGGCGAUCACGGACCCGGCGAUUCCUGCCCUCGCCUUGCCUUGUCAUUGAUGGGAAAUCAACUGGAUCGCAUCACCCACCUGAAUUACAGCGAAUUGCCGACCGGAGACCCCUCGGGGAUCGAGAAGGACGAGCUGCGGGUCGGGGUGGCUUACUUCUUCUCGGAUGAGGAGGAGGACCUGGACGAGCGAGGCCAGCCGGACAAGUACAGCGUGAAGGGCUCCAGCAGCCCUGGGCAGGAGACCCCCACCCACCACCACCAACUGGUACUGAACGAGACCCAGUUCUCCGCCUUCCGCGGCCAGGAAUGCAUCUUCUCCAAAGUCAGCAGCGGCCCCCAGGCUGGGGACCUGCGCGUCUUCUCGGUCUCGGCCCUGCCUGCCCUCAGCAAGCCGGGAGACUUGCUGGAGCUGCUCUACCUGGGGCCAUCCGACCACCCACCCCCACCCCCGCACUGGGCAGUUUAUGUGGGCAGCGGGCAGAUCAUCCACCUGCACCAGGGCCAGAUCCGCCAGGACAGCUUGUACGAGGCGAGCGCUGGCAACGUGGGCCGGGUGGUGAAUAGCUGGUACCGCUACCGCCCCCUGGUGGCAGAGCUGGUGGUGCAGAACGCCUGCGGGCACCUGGGUUUAAAAAGCGACGAGAUCUGCUGGACUAACUCGGAGAGCUUUGCCGCCUGGUGCCGGUUCGGGAAAAGGGAGUUCAAAGCCGGGGGGGAGCUGCAGGCUGCUGCCGGCACCCAGCACCAGCAGCAAUACUAUCUCAAGAUCCACCUGGCUGAGAACAAGGUGCACACGGUGCGAUUCCACAGCCUGGAGGAUCUAAUAAGGGAGAAGCGCAGGAUCGAUGCCAGUGGCAAACUGAGAGUGAUCAAAGACCUGGCUAUAGUGGAUGGGAAAGAGUAACGAACAGCGGAGGGACGAGGUGCUCCCUUCUUUCCCCGGCUUGGCGAGAGCUGUCUGCCACAGACAGACCGGGGGCUGCGCUCUCUGGUGGGACGCAAUUUAAACCGGAAUCCAUGGCAACAUUCCAGAAAACCAGCAUUCUUCUUACACCCAUAGCCAGUAUUUGGUUUGGCUUUUAAUAACAUUUAAUGAACGAAGAAAGAGAGGGGAAGCAAAGAGCGGUAUGUGUGGAAGAGAUUUACAAAGUAUGUGGACAAAAAGUCUCUCCUGUCGAUCGAUGUUGGCCAUUCUAGCAACAUGCUAAUAAAAUUUCAAAUUGAAAUUCUUUUUAAUUUAUUUUCAUGGCUUUAAUCCAUGAUACCUUUUAAACAUUUGGGGCCAUAGAAGCAGAUUUAGCUAAAGAGUUUUUAGCUAAUAACAUUUGCCUGUCAAACAAACAAACUGUCUCAAGUCUUCUGCUAGUUCUGUGGGGUGAGAGGAGGUUCUGUUUGUUUUAUUUCUAAAUGCAUCUUGUAGCCACAGCCCCAGUUUUAGUCCAGUAAACUAUAGCAAGGUAUCAAUCAGGUGUAAGUGUUUUUACCUUUCUCUGGCAGAAAUUGAUCACAAGUUUAAAAAUCUGUUCUCUUCUUUUUUCCUUCCUGUAUGCAGUUCUCUUUCUGCUAGAUGUUCUCACAAUACCUUAGUGUUCUACUCUUUUUGAAAAUAUUAAGAGUUGGUGAGCAGCUGUUUUCUUGAGACCAAAGCCAUUCUGAAACAUUAAAUAAAGGAUGGGAAGUAUUCUGGUGAGCAAUUUACAUACAUGCUUUUCCAGAGAGCAAUCCUGCAAGGUCUCCUGCUCUAGGUUUGCCUUUCAUCCCACAGAGCCACUACACCAGUACUCUGAGGAUACUUUCCACCUCUUUAUACACUGCAAAGAAGCAAAAAUAGAAUUGAGUUCUGAGUGUUCCAAAUAAUAGCAAUGUGACCAAGUUUACCUUGCAUUUCUAAAUCUAAUUAAAGAAAACAGGCUUAGUCUAAAUUUAGAAAUCCAAAGUUGCAUAAAAAGAUGCCUUUUAUGUCAUGAGAUCAAUGCAUUAUUUUUGUAUUUCAGACCCAUUCCAAGUCAUUCAUUGAUUAAUUCUCAGUCUUGAAAUAAAAAGAUCAUAACAUUCUAUAUAUAUAUAAUCAGCUAUCAUUCUUAAGUAUACUGGGACAUUCCUAAAUCUAUUAUCCUUUUUUUAUUAUGUUGAGCAGCAUACAAUUUGUAAUGACCAAGUUAAUUUUGCUUGUAUCAAUACUGGAAAGAAAAUGCAUUUGGUUUUGGUUUUCCCCUCUCUAUCAAGUAACAGAUGGCAGAAUUAUUGUAUAUGCACUCCACCCUCUCUGAUAUAAUGUAUCUUGGCUCCCUUCUUUAUUAAACAACAUCAUAAGCAACCUUGUUGCAACAGUACUUCAUUUUAACAAACAAAGCGUUUGCCUUCCAUGACUGAUGUUAUGAGGAUGGAGUGUACUUUACUAGAAGACUGAUGUCAACAUUUGUUUCACAUGAGACAUCUGUUUAAAAAAAGAAAAAGGGGAACAUGACAACCUUAUAACUGAAGGUCAUGUAACUGGUUUUAUAUUUGCUGAUAUGCUUGACAAAGUUAUUUGGCAAUAAAAUGAGAAGGUGUUUCGGGGG